ACUACUGGAUGUGUUCUACAACUCGUCUACUGUGGGCCCCCUGUGUAGCUCCAAUCGUGCUCGCCCCACGCCGUUGUCAAAUACCAAGAUGGCGGUGUUCCGUCGAGACCCUUGUGGAGUCGCCUGUAUUGUCUUUACGUACCUCUGUGUAAUUUACGCCGAUUAUUGCAUUGUGGAGCACGUUAUCAUCCCCACACUUUCUGACAGCUUAUGGGGGACCCUCCAUGUGAUCAUAUUCAAUGUGCUUGCUCUUCUUCUACUUAUCUCACAUUCACGAGCAUCAUAUUCGGAUCCUGGUGUUGUUCCUCUACCUACUACUAGUCUAGAUUUCUCAGAAAUUAACAAAGCCCAUAGUGAAAAACCACAGAGCAACACUGAGUGGACAGCCUGUACAAGAUGUGAAGCCUAUCGGCCACCAAGGGCGCAUCACUGCAGGAUCUGUGGAAGGUGUAUAAAGAAAAUGGAUCAUCAUUGUCCAUGGUAA